AUGACGACCCAAGUUGACAACCAUCUUGCGGCAGAGUUCGCUGCGUGCUGUCAGCGCUCAAAGGACUACCCCUUAACCCUUUUGAGGACAGAGGCUUUUGGCCAUACCCAGAAAUCUUACCAGACACGUCUGAGCCAAGGAGCCGUAUUUCACAAAUCACACCGGGCACUCUACGUCCGUGAUCUUCAGGAUGAUGCCGUGGCGUUCGAUCGAGGGCGGCUGCUCGAGAAGGUGGACGAUGUCGAGGCCCAUCUUGAUCCUGAGGAAAAGGACCCGUGGUGGCGGUUCAUCUUCUUACAUUCAAAGACCUCAAGAGACCCCCUAGGCUGUUCCAGAGAACAAUUCACGAUGCUCUUGACCUACCAUCAAGUUAUGCCAUCGUUCCUGGAUUUGGUGUUUACCUUCAGGUCCCGUAGCCGGCCACUCAACUACGCCAUGUUCCGGCACGAGAAUUACCUCGAUGAGAACGCCCCAUCCCUGCGACUAUCGCACUUGGGCAGGUCGGGCAUUCAAGUGCAGCACGCCUUCAACCUCCUCACGGUUGAGAAAAGCAACAUGGCCGAUGAGAAGAAUCAAUGGCCGCUACGCCACGCAUCCAUGUAUCAUUCUCUGGACUUGGAAACCGGUCGCGCCGUCUACAUCCUCCUAAAAGGCAACAGCGAGCUCGCGAAGCGCAUCAAGGACGCAACCGAUACGGAUAGACACUUGCGGCCCGAUGCCCCGAGGACGCCAGAGCGUUCUUUCGUAGCGAGCCUGCAGGUGCACCUCAUCAUGCUGGAGUGGGCUGUUGAGUACUGGAGCGAAUACAUCGACGGCAUGGAGGACACGCUCCGGACUCGUUCUGUCGAUGCCAAGGUUGCGCCGGUCGAAGGCGUUGCCAGCCCGGUCAGGCUUGCCGAGAGCUUCCAGCGCCGCGGCAGCGGCUUCUCCCGACGCGGUACCAUAAGAACGAUCUCACGGUUAUCCUCCACGAGCCGCGGCAACGGGCAAGACAACCUUCUCGAGGAUGUCCCGUCGGAGCCUUCGACCCCUCGCGAACCCCCAACACCGACUCGCAUGACUAGCCGAACGCUCUCGGGGUUCCUGCGGCGCGCUACCGGAGGCCUGGAGAGCCCGGUGCCAGAGAAAGCUCCCGUGCCGGAGCGGGACGUCCUGAUGGAGAAGCUAACGGAAUUGGAGGAGCGGUUCUCCUUCAACGAACUGCAGCGGCUAGGCCUAGUAGGCGACGAGAUUGACCGGUCUCUGAUGGCGCUCGAACAGAACGAGGAUGUGGUUUCCCAGGUCCAAGAGCAGUACCAAACGGUCAUCGCCUCGCACGCGUUCACAACGCUAUUAAAUGGAGACCAAUGCAAGGCAGAACUAGCCGUCUUCUUCCGAAGGGUGCGCACCGUCCUUCGCGACCUGGCUGCCCACCGCCGUCGCCUCCUCGAUCUUUCCCGCACCGUGGAGAACGACAAAAACAUGUUCGAGGCCCUCAGCCAACACACCAGCAUUCAAACAUCCAAAGCGUUCCAGGUGGUGGCGCAAACAUCAAGCGACGAGAUGAUGAAGUGGACGCAUAAGAUGCACGAAAUCGCCGUCAAGACCAAGCAAGAGACGCUCUCGAUGCAUGUCAUCACCAUCUUCACUCUCAUCUUCCUACCAGGCACCUUCAUCGCAACCUUCUUCAGCAGCGGCGUCCUGCACUGGGACGACGACGGCACGCUCGGAACCGACUGGGUGGUGCGCGGCGCCGGCGUGCGCCUGUUCCUGUCCAUCUGCCUGCCCCUGACCGUUAUUACCAUCGCCAUCUGGGCCAUCAUGUACGCGUUUGCGCGCCGCUGGGCCCGCCGCCAUGCCAAGACACUGGGUCUCGACGGUGGCUUCGGCGGGGGUUAUGCGGAUGAGAAAGGACUGGGUGGGAUGGCGUCAAUGUCGACGGGGUUGGACAGUGCUUCACAGCAGCAGCAGUCCGCGGUGGUGGGUCGCAUUGAAGCAUUUUUGUGCAACUCCAAAAGGGCUGAAGGCUCCUUCCGCCUCCCGCGCCGCAGGCCGCAGGCGACCAGCGAAUGGGGGUCCUGGCGCUUAACCGACGCCAGGGAGGUCGCGCCCUCCAAUCCGGGUUGCCUCCCCCGAACCAACAUCCCGCCAAUCCGUCGCGGCUCUGCCAUGGCCCUUGGCGUCAACCUGGAGCCGUUCUCGGGGUUCGCCGAGUUCGUCGCCGACACCAAGCCCAAAUACACCGGCUGCGAUAUCGCCGGAAACCCGAGACAGUACAUCCCGCUCAGCGAACUUCAAAGUACCCUCCGCAUCUUCUCCACCCUCGUCUACACCCACCACGACACUCUUUACCUCCUCACCCGCUUGUUCAUUAGUCUCAACCUCACCGACGAGAGGUUGCCGUUGCGCCGCCGCCCGAGCGAAUGGCCCGACGAGGCCUUCUACCGCGACUUCUUCGCCGGAGUCGUAGAGAACCAGUGGCAGUUCUUCCCGCUGCAGUUCGAUGCCGAUCAGCUAUACGACCGCUUUCUCGACGACAAAUGCGUUCUGCCCAUAACUCUCGGCGAUCAGAUUGACCACGGUAGCGCGGCCAUCAUUUAUCGCUUCGACAUCCAUCCCGAGUAUAACCGGAUUGGUUUGAAUAGAAACAAGCGCCUCGUUUCGCAGACAUUUGUCUUCAAAAUCUACCACAACAAGAAAUAUGAGGAUUUUUACACGAACGAACGCCGUGCGCUACAACGCCUCAGCGUCGCCCCGUCGCCGAACGUAGUCAAGUUCCAUGGGUCAUUCCGGCAGCUCGGCUCGUACUGUUUGAUACUGGAGUAUGCGGACGGCGGAGAUCUGGGCGAGUUCUUCCGCAAGUGCAGCCCUCCCUCUACGGUUGGGGAUGUGGUGCUGUUUUGGAGGAGCCUCUUCCAGGUCUUCUCCGGCCUGGACAGGAUCCACCAACUCAUGUCGUACAACGAUGACGAGCUCAUCCGGGGUAUUCACGAAGACAUUCGACCGGAAAAUAUCCUUAUCAUGAAGGGGCCGUCCGGGUCUCCCUAUGACUUUACGCCAAAAGUAGCCGACUUUGGCCUGUAUAGUCGCGUCAGAACAGCCAAGGUGAGAUCCGGCGGGCCGAUGGGGCUCGACCAUCAGGGCAAUCAACGAUUCAGAACAAACAUGAUCACCACGAAGGCUGACAUCUUCUCAAUGGGAGCCGUUCUUAGCCACGCUGCCGCUUGGGUAGUGGGCGGGGCCGAGGAACAACUAAUCUACUUCCGAUUACGCAAGGCCUACCACGAAGAAAACCUCCCCCGGUUCAAGGGCAGCGGAUAUGAGGGUUGCUUCCAUAAUAGCAUCAAGCCGCUGCCCGUCGUUGAGCAAGAGCACAGGAGGCUCCGAGAGCGCUGCCAGGUCUUGGACGACGUUACCCCCAAAGUGCUCGACUGGGUCGAAGCGUGCAUGCUCGUCCAAUCUCCGAAGGACCGUCUACUGGCCAGGGACAUUGGAGAAACGUUCGAGCAGUUCAUGGACAGCCGCUUCCUGGCAACCCCCUGUAUGCAACCACCGUCUGGCGCUACCGACUUGACGGUGCAAUCUCAACUAUGGUCCGAGUUGGGAUCUCCGCAAUCGACCCUUGACGGUGUGUCGCCGGGCUCGCCUCCCCUACCAGACGCCACUUUUCCGGGUGUCGGUUUGGGACUUGAUUGCCCGCCUUCCAAGCCAGGUAACCCGACACGCCCGCAUCUGACACGAGAUGAUCCCGAGCCAAUCACCCGCGAUGCUCAGCAUACCAACCCGGAUCGACCGUUGCCCCCCUCAUCGUUGCAGCCUCGGCAAGCGGACGCCUCCCAACGCACCUCCUCCAGCGCAUCCCCCAAGAUCGGCGUCUCACAAAUUCACCAAUACAAGGCCGCCAUGCGCCAAGGGAAGCCGGCCGACCCAGAAACGGCGCAGCUGGUGGACUACCUCGAGCACAACCUCAGCGGGCGGGACCAGUUCUUCUUCAUCGACGAUUCGUCCAGCAUGGCUGCCGACAGGGCGACCAUCUCAGACGGGUUCAAGGCGCUGGCCUGCAUAGCCAAGCGGUUGGACCCGAACCAGGUGGAGCUGGCAUUUGCGUCGCGGCCUCGCAGAGUCUUCCGGGCGCGCCGCAUCCGCCGGCUACACGACCUCGUCAACGCCUGUCAGUACCAGGGCGAUGGCCACCUCAUGGAAGGCCGCCUCGGCGAGCUGAUCGACAACGUCAUCAUUCCACGCCUGCCCUACAAGGUCCUCGGAGUCAACAUCAACCCCUGGGCCCGCAAGAAAGUCAGCGUCUACGUCUUCACCGACGGCAACUGGGGACACGCCAACAACAGCGCCGAUGCGUGCGGUGUCGAGAGGCCGGUCCGGCGUCUGAUUGAAGAGCUCAAGAAGCGAAAGCUUGAUCGGACGCAGGUGAGCUUACAUUUUGUAAGGUUUGGGCAUGCGGAGAAUGGGAGGCAGAAUCUGGAGCGCCUGGAUGAUUGUGGCCUGGCUGAUGGCUGGGAUAUUGUUGACGUGAAGCAUAUCAAGACGGAAGUCGUGGGCAUGUUUAUCGGCCCGUUGACUCGUUCCAACGAUGAUAUCCCGGCUGGCUAG